AUAUCGAGUCUCCCUCUUCUUCCAGCAUCGUCUUCCGAGUUUCAUCUUCUUAUCAACGUCUGAGUCUUCCCUCAUACUCAAGAGAACGAACGACCCGAGCUCUUCUCGAAGGUUCUAUCUAUCCUAUCGUUUUUCAUCUACCCUUCUUUUCUACCGAAAUGAAGGCAACAGUACUUCUGGCCCUUUUCGGAGUGGCCCUGGCACAAAACUUCCCUUCUAGCACUUACGGUGCUCCAAACGGAGGUUUUUCGAAUGGAUUUGGUGGCUCUAACGGGGCUCCAAGCAAUGGUUAUGGAGCUCCUCCAAGCACAGCAUAUGGUGCACCUAAUGGCGGCUACGGGGUUGAUGCUGAAAUCGCUGCCCUCGGGGAGAACAUCCCUGGUGGUGGCAUUCCUGGAGAGGACUACCCAAUCUUAGCAUCCGUCCCUGAGACCGGAUUCUCCUGCGAUGCCCAAAGUGUCCCUGGAUACUACGCCGAUACAGCCCCUGAGGCUGGCUGCCAGGUCUUCCACAUCUGCCAGGACAGGCCCAAUGGACGCCGUCAGCAGGACUCCUUCCUCUGCCCCAACGGCACCAUCUUCAACCAACAGUACCUCGUCUGUGACUGGUGGUACAACUUUGAUUGCUCGACUGCUGAAGAUUUCUACUCUGUCAAUGAACUUAUUGGAGCAGAACCCAACGCUGGAUAUGGGUAUAGCAAUGGCAAUGGAAAUGGCAAUGGAAAUGGUAACAGCGGAAAUGGAUACAGCAACGGUAAUGGUAAUGGAAAGAACGGAUAUAGCAAUGGUAACGGAAAUGGCAAUGGAAGGAAUGGAUACAGCAAUGGUAAUGGAAAUGGUAAUGGCAGAAAUGGAUACAGCAAUGGCAAUGGCAAUGGCAAUGGCAACGCCAAUGGAAGGAAUGGAUACACCAAUGGCAAUGGUAAUGGCAAUGGAAGGAAUGGCUACAGCAAUGGUAAUGGAAACGGUAAUGGCAGAAAUGGAUACAGCAAUGGUAAUGCUAACACCAAUGGUAAUGGAAGGAAUGGAUAUAGCAAUGGCAAUGGAAAUGGAAAUGGAAGGAAUGGCAAUGGCAAUGGAAAUGGAAGGAAUGGCUACAGCAAUGGCAAUGGAAAUGGCAAUGGAGGGAAUGGAUACACCAAUGGCAAUGGAAAUGGCAAUGGAAGGAAUGGGUACAGCAAUGGCAAUGGAAAUGGCAAUGGCAGAAAUGGUAAUGGAAAUGGCAAUGGCUACACCAAUGGAAACGGUAAUGGCAAUGGUAAUGGUUAUCGCAAUGGAAACGGCAAUGGAAAUGGCAAUGGCAGAAAUGGUAAUGGAAAUGGCAAUGGCUACACCAAUGGAAAUGGUAAUGGCAAUGGCAAUGGUUAUCGCAACGGAAACGGCAAUGGAAAUGGAAAUGGUAAUGGAAAUGGCAAUGGCAAUGGUUACAGCAACGGAAACGGCAACGGAAAUGGCAAUGGUUACACCAACGGAAACGGCAACGGAAAUGGUAAUGGCUACAGCAAUGGCAAUGGAAAUGGCAAUGGCAAUGGAUACAGCAACGGAAACGGCAACGGAAAUGGCAAUGGUUACACCAACGGAAACGGCAACGGAAAUGGUAAUGGCUAUAGCAACGGCAAUGGAAAUGGCAAUGGCAAUGGAUACAGCAACGGAAACGGCAAUGGCAAUGGCGCAACCUCCCUCUCCCAGACCUACGGCGCCCCAGCUGCUCCUUCAGAAUCCUACGGUGCCCCACCCGUCGUUUCAGACUCCUAUGGUGCCCCUUUUUGAAAAGGCUGCCCUCUUCUACCUACUUCCUUCCCCACUGAAUGUUGCCUUUUCUAGACUCAGAUGUUUGACGCAAUCACCUUUUUAGAUGCUGCAACAUUUUCUCAGCUGAAUACUUUCUAGAUCAUUCCUCGCUUCUGCAAAUCCUUUCUGCUAUCAAGCUGCCUCAGGAAGCACUAUAAUCCUUCCACCUAAAAGUUCCUCUUCAUUAACUUAUUGUUAUUAUUUAUGUAUUGUCUCUCUCAUCUUUUCUUUACUGUUUGUCUUUCAUAGAACUAGACGACUUUGUAUGUUGCUGGAAGACGAAAACGACUAUAAUUAAGUAGAACUUUAACGAUUUUUCCUUGUGGAUCAUUACGAAUAAAGAUA